CUGCCAUUUCCCCAGACACCCGGGGGGUCGGGUCCUCGGAGUUUUUUGGUUGCUAUCCCGCAGCUUUGCCAUGUGGAAACGACGGCAGGGUCGUUUCAGACCGGUGGUCUGCGGGGUGGAGGAGUUACGCUGCCGCCGGCGGGAGCGGGAGGCAGAGCUGCGGAAGGCGCGGAGGGAACAGCAGCUGAUCAGCAAGAGGCUGCUGAGAGACGACGUGCCGGAGGAAGCCGGAGAGGGCUGUGCGGCCGCCGCCCUCGGGGAAGCCGAGGUGCAGCGGUUCCUGUGGCUAGCCCAGCGUGGGACAGAGGAAAAGGAGAGAGAGGAAGCACUCGCCAGCCUUCGACGAGGCUUACAGCACCAGGAGACACAGCAAACCUUCAUUCGGCUGGAGGGCAGCAUGCGAACCCUAGUCGGCCUCCUGACCAGCAAUCGGGCCCUGCUGCAGCUGGAGGCAGCCCGGUGCCUGCAUGAGCUUUCACAUUCUGAGCAGUCCACGGUGGCCGAGGCUUGCCUACCCGCCACUUCCUACCUCCUCACCUACCUCUCUGGUCACAGUUCAGACUUCAUAGAGCUGUGUCUGUAUACACUGGGUAACCUGAUCGUGGACAGUGAGGCUGUGAGAAGGCAGCUCCUGCCGCAGGGCAUUAUUCCUGCCUUGGCUACCUGCAUGCAGUCCCCACACGUGGCUGUGCUGGAAGCCCUUGGAUAUGCCUUGUCGCAGCUCCUCCAGGCUAAGGAAGCUCCAGAGAAGAUCAUCCCCUCUGUCCUGGGCUCCACUCUCCCCCAGCACAUACUGCAGUUGUUGCAACCUGGUCCAAAGCUGAACCUUGGGGUUGCUGUGGAGUUUGCCUGGUGUCUUCACUACCUUGUCUGCAGCCAGGUCAACAAUGCUUUGCUGAUCGCUCAUGGGGCUCUGACUACUCUGGCACUGCUGCUUUUGGAGUUGGCUGCGGCCGUCCAGGGAACGGAGGAUGCAGGACUAGAGCUGCUGGCAUGCCCUGUGCUUCGGUGUCUGAGCAACCUGCUGACCGAAGUGACAGAGGAGGCUGCGGGAGAGCACCUGCAGCUCAGGGAUGAGCGGGUUGUGGUAGCCUUAUUUGUCCUCCUGCAGUUCUUCUUCCAGAAGCAGCCCAGUCUGCUGCCAGAGGGCCUCUGGUUCCUCAACAACCUUACUGCCCAUAGUCCUAGUGUCUGCACCUCUUUGCUCUCUCUGGAUCUGAUCGAGCCGCUUUUGCAACUGUUGUCAGUAUCUAAUGUGGUGAGCGUCCUGGUGCUCACAGUUCUGUGCAAUGUUGCAGAGAAGGGUCCUGCUUACAGCCAGCGGCUGUGGCCAGGGCCCCUGCUCCACUCUGUGCUGAAUGUCCUGACCUUCUCUGACACUGAAGUCGUCGGUCAGAGUUUGGAAUUGCUGCACCUGCUAUUCUUGUAUCAGCCAAAGGCCACUGAAGCCUUUGUGCAGCUUGCCGGGCUGCAGGCUCUGGAAAGGCACCAGGAGGAGGCCCAUCUGCGGGACCGGGUCCUGGCGCUCCAGCAAGCAGCUCUGCACAGGUGACCCAGCUUCCCAGUGUCACUCACUCCUCUCCAGCCCACCAACUUCUCUGUCCUCAUCCUCUGCCAGGAGAAUUGGAGCCUUUGUGUGUUUGAGAUGACAACAGGGUUUUUACACCAUCUGUUCCCACAACGAACCUAAGCUGGAACUGGAGUCUGGCUCAUUGAUUCGGGAUGAUCAGAGGGAGGGAGGGUGUUGUGGCUUUAUUUAUUCUUUUUCUUUCUUUUCUUUUUUUCUUUGGUUCAGCAGCUGAUGGUUUUUGAUGAGAAACAAUAAAGCUUUAUUUUUAUAUUA